UGUCACAGUAUUUCAUUGUGACAAGUGUGUAAUUGUGUAUAAACUUAAAGACAAGGCUUUUUCAUUUUAUAAAAAUAUUCUUCUGGAUGUGGGAUGUUUACGCUCUAUUAUUUCCUAAUAACCUAUUUUGAAAAAGGUUUAAGUACUUUCAAUAAACUGCUGUGAUAUCUAAAUAUACUUCAGUUACACUUCAGUCUACAAACGAAAUGGAGGACCACAGAAGUGUUGAAGACACUCCAGUGUCUCAAAGGCUAACAAAUGACGACUUUAGGAAAUUGCUAAUGACUCCUCGGUCAACACCAGCUGGAGGAGGAGCCCACCCUGCUGGUUCUGUACGAGAAGCCAUGGCUAACUCAGGGUCUAUGCCACCACCAGCUGAAAAUAAAGGUGAACUUCGUCGUAAGAAGAAGUCGUAUUAUGCUGCUUUAAAAAAACAAGAAGACAAUAAGCUUGCUGAGCUCGCCGAAAAAUAUAGAGACAGGGCACGAGAAAGACGAGACGGGGUUAAUGAUUUAUGUGCUGUUGAUCCUACAAGUAACACGAGCAGUGCUUACAGAGCUGUGGCACCAGAUGUUAAAUCUGGGAUGGAUGCAAAGGAAAGGAGACGACAAAUGAUUCAGGAAUCUAAAUAUCUUGGUGGUGACAUGGAACACACUCACUUGGUGAAAGGUCUUGACUAUGCUUUGUUGCAAAAAGUGCGUUCAGAAAUUCAAACUCGAGAACAGGAAGAAGAAGCUGAAAUGGAACGACUUGUAUCAGCUCCGAUAGAACCGAUACAGGAGACCAAAGAAAUAUUACCAGCGGAAGACGAAGUAUUGUACGAGUCCCCCAUGGCUAGAAACAUUUAUAACCUAAUUACUGAACAAAAGAACAAGAAGGUGGUGCGCAACGAGCUGUUCGCGCCGGGGCGCAUGGCGUACGUGGUGGAGCUGGACGAGGAGGGCGGCGCCGACAGCGACAUCCCCACCACGCUGACGCGCAGCAAGGCCGACGUGCCCGACGCCGACCGCCGCAGCGCGCCCAGCGCCGCCGCCGACGCCGUGCUCGACAAGCUGCAGCAGAUCUUCGCCUACCUGCGCCACGGCCGCCACCGCAAGACCAAGAAGGCCAAGGAUAAGACGACGGAAAAAGGUCGGAACGACGAUUCUAUAUACGGCGAUAUUGGAGAUUACGUGGCUGGCGACCGAAGAGGCGAGCGGAGAGAUGAUCGUCCUCGGACCGGCUACUUUGAUAAGCCACUUGAAACUGAAAAGGAAGAAGGGCCCGGGCCGCUGGCGCGCCGCGCGCCGCCCGCCAACCCCGAGGAGCGCGACAAGCGCUCGGCGGCGCUGCUGUCGCGGCUGGCGGCCGAGCCCGAGGGCUACGCCGAGUGCUACCCCGGCCUGCGCGAGAUGGACGACGCCAUCGACGACUCGGACGACGAGGUCGACUACACCAAGAUGGACGCCGGCAACAAGAAGGGGCCCAUCGGUCGCUGGGACUUCGACACUCAGGAGGAGUACUCGGCGUACAUGAGCAGCAAGGAGGCCCUGCCGAAGGCCGCCUUCCAGUACGGCGUUAAGACGCAGGACGGACGCAAGACCAGGAAGACCAAAGAUAAGAGCGAGAAGGCGGAACUCGAUCGGGAGUGGCAACAGAUUCAAAAUAUAAUACAAAAACGUAAGGCUCCGCAGUACACUGGCGAUGAAACGGGUUACUCUAAGACUCCAAAAUAUUAAUGUCAUAUACCUAAAUUACCUUGUCUUAUAUACAGAUAUUUGUUCUUUGUCAAUAGUUGAUAUUAUACUUAUGUACAUUUGAAAUUUGUGCUUUAUGCAAUAUUGUGUAAAUAGUGCGAGCAAAAUAAAUUUAUGUAA